AUGCCACCCUCAUCGUUAGCCAAGGCCAUUCACUUUGGCCCAUACGCAGUAACCUCCCAAGUCUUCUACAAAACACCUCUCUCCUUCUGCCUCGUAAACCUCAAACCCUUACUACCAGGCCACAUCCUCGUGUGCCCUCUCCGUCGCGUCCAACACAUCGAUCAACUCAGCGCCCACGAAGUCACAGAUCUGUUCAGCACAGUACAGCUAGCGUCGCGGACACUGAAGCGCGUGUACAAUGCCUCAGCCUGCAAUAUAGCGAUACAAGAUGGUGAGGCUGCAGGACAGAGUGUGCCGCAUGUUCAUGCGCAUCUGAUACCCAGAGGAGAUGGUGAUAUGGAUGCGCAGGGUGGUGGAGACAAGAUCUAUGAACAGUUGGAGGGCGAGGAGGGGGAUGUGGGCAGACAUCAGAGGGAGGAAGAAGGUGUGAGGAAGGGCAAGUUCCCAAAGAUCGAAGACGACAAGAGGAAGCCCAGGAGCAUGGAGGAGAUGGAGAAGGAGGCGCGCUGGCUAGCCGAGGAAAUCCAGAAGGACGCUAAGAAGUUCUCCAACGAGUUCUCGUUAUAG